UCUGCAGUGACUUGGAACUGGUCGUGUUUGAGCCGGAGUUCUGGUCACCCAGUUCUAUAGACGACGUACAUUUACAUCUGGGACAUCAAGGAUACAAGGAAACCAAACUGUGUCCUUGUCUGCCGUGGCUGUGCCUUUUCCCAAGUGAAAUGGAACAAAAAGAAUGGGAAUUUCCUCGCUACAAGCCAUGAUUGAGAUGUCAGGGCAUCUGGGAUCGCAGGAGACCGAGCACUGCUGUAGAGUACAUCGCUGCGCACUUAUAUAAGAUCCAUGGACUGGACUGGCAUCCUGAUAAUGAGCACAAUCCUGGCCACGUCCAGCCAGGACAACUCUGUAAAGUUCUGGGAUUGGCGGCAGCCCCGGAAAUGUUUCAGCGUCCUGGCCUGUCAAGUGCCUGUGUGGAAGGCUCGCUACACACCCUUCAGCAACGGCCUGGUAACAGUCAUGGUCCCCCAGCUGCGGAGGGAGAACAGCCUUCUACUUUGGAACGUCUACGACCUCCACUCUCCGGUUCACAUCUUUGUGGGGCACGACGACGUGGUCCUCGAGUUCCACUGGAGGAAGCAGAAAGAAGGACAGAAGGACUAUCAGCUGGUGACCUGGUCUCGGACCAGACACUACGAAUGUGGAGGGGUGGAUGCCCAGCUUCAGCGGCUGUGUGCUAAUGACGAGAUUAUGGAUCUAGUGGAGGGGCUGAUGGAUGGGAUGUCUAUAAUGCCGGAUCAAACGUCUAUGCAGCCUCAGGAACAGAUCUCUGUUCCCUCAGAAGAAGAAGUAGCUUUUUCCGAAGAUUCUCCAUCAAUGCCGUUAACGGUGGGUGACACCGAGCAGUCCAGCUCCCGCAGACACUUCAGCAGGAAUUUUCCCUCAUCAAUGUACAUAUUCGCAACGUCAACAUUGAGAUGGACGCCAUGAAUCGAUCCUGUACAGUGUCGGUCCGCUGCGGCAAUCACCGGGUGCGGAUGAUGGUCAAGUUCCCGGUUCAGUAUCCCAACAACGCGGCUCCUUCCUUCCAGUUUGUCCCGCCCACCACCAUCACAUCUGCCAUGAAAGUGAAGCUGCUGAAGAUCCUUAAAGAUACAUCUCUGCAGAAGGUCAAACGCAACCAAAGCUGCCUGGAGCCGUGCCUGCGCCAGCUGGUGUCCUGUAUGGAGAGCUUUGUGGACCAGGAAUCCAGUCCUUCGGACAACCCCUUCUCCUUGCAGAACCCAGUCACCCCACCACUGCCCACGUUUGCCCGAGUGACCAAUGCCUACGGUUCCUACCAGGACGCCAACAUCCCGUUUCCUCCUCGGACAUCAGGUGCCCGCUUCUGUGGAGCAGGGUACCUGGUGUACUUCACGCGGCCAAUGACAAUGCACAGGACGGUGUCUCCUACAGAGCCCACUCCAAGAUCCCUGUCCGCUCUGUCCGCCUAUCACAGCGGUGUGAUCGCACCUUUGAAAAUCCGCACGGAGGCUCCUGGGAACUUGUUGCUGUACGGAGGCAGCCCCACUCGUAGUGAGAAGGAACAAGUGUCCAUCAGUUCAUUUUAUUACAAGGAGAGGAAAUCUCGCCGUUGGAAAUCCAAGAGAGAGAGUAGCGACUCCAGCUCCCGGCCAAUCAAAGCAGCCGGGAAAGUGAUCAUCCAGGAUAUUUCCUGUCUGCUCACCGUGCACAAAGCUCUGGGAGAGAUGUACAUAUUGAACCGCGGAAACCUCCAGGAGAUGUGUCAGAAGAAUGCCGCUUCGGCUCUCAGUGUUGGCCGCAAGGAUCUGGUGCAGGUUUGGGCUUUGGCUGCUGCUGCCAAUGACAUGUGUCUGACCCCCAAGUCUGACCCCGAUGUAGAAAUUCCCUGGGCACAUCACCCAUUUGGUCGGCAACUCCUGGAAUCACUUGUGCUCCCCGCGCCUUCCCUGCGUCCUAUGACCCGCAUUCUGUGUUCUUACAGGCUGGCCCAUUACUGCCACCUUCACGAUGUCCAGACCUUGGCCAUGCUGUGUAGUAUGUUUGACGUCCAUCUUCAACCCCAAGGCAAUGGCGUGUCGUCCUGCCACCCGUUCCCUUCCCGCUCCAGCCACAGCCGAUAUCCCAGUUUCACGUCCUCUGGUUCCGGGUCCAGCAUGUCCGAUCCAGGCUUUGGUACCGGCGGCUGGAGCGGUGGAGGACAAGAUGGUGACCACCCAUGGGGCGACCCUUCUCCUGAUGACUACCGCUACAACAAUAUAAACUAUGUGGACCCUCGGGAACGGGAGAAAGAACAACACGACAAGAAUAAAAGAAUUUUGGACCCAGCGAAUGCUCAGCAGUUUGAUGACUUUAAGAAGUGUUAUGGAGAGAUCUUGUACCGCUGGGGUCUGCAGGAGAAGAGGGCUGAAGUUCUAAAAUUUGUCUCGUGUCCUCCAGAGCCACACCGUGGCAUUGAAUUUGGCGUGUAUUGCAGCCACUGCCGCAGUGAGGUGCGGGGAACGCAGUGCGCCAUCUGCAAGGGAUUCACCUUCCAGUGCGCCAUCUGCCACGUGUCUGUCCGGGGCUCCUCCAACUUCUGCCUCAGCUGCGGUCACGGCGGGCACACCGCGCACAUGUUGGAAUGGUUCAGCUCGCAGGAAGUCUGCCCAACCGGCUGCGGAUGCCAUUGUCUGUUGGAGAGCACCUUCUGA